AUGAAACCAGAUUUGGCCACGGCCAUAUUCCAAAUCUCACCAACAAACCCUCCGAAAAUAAUGGCCAACGGUUUAGAUCGACUUGAGAGGCUCUUUGCCUACAAGCGCAAGGCCUCUCCCACCUCCAGUGGACGAGCUAGUCCCGCUGUUCUAGCCAUCGAACAACAGUUUCCUUCGCCGUCAUUUAUUCGCCCCAAGACAAGCCGAAUGGCUGCGCGCGACGAGGGGCGCUUGAGGCAGGCUGCGGGACGUUCGCCAUCAGUCCCAGAUAUCAUGACAUCUCCACGAACUGUUCAUCGCCAAGCAUACAACUCAGUAACAACUGAUUGCAAUGAUCCCCCCAAACAACGCUUAUGUCGAUCUCCUUCAUUUACCCAAGGCAACACUGAACAAUUGGUCACUGGUCUCCGUGAAUUUCAGUUCCCCAAGAAGUACAGCCUCAACAACGAACCAUCGCCUACAUCACCCACCUUGAGCACUCCCAAGUUCACCGAGGCACCUCAGCUGCCAAGCCCUCGAAGUCGAUCUCCGCUGGAGAUUUCCAUUCCACCUCCAAAUAGACUGAUUACUCCCCCUACUUCGCAUCAUGGGUCACAAUCAGCAAGUCCAACGAGCCAAGGCCCGCAGAUUCCCCUUCCAGCGCGCCCGCCCACUCCAGGUCAGUCUCCUGAUCUUGGACCUGUCGCUGAUAUCAAAUUGCGCAACGUCAAGUCCGCAGACGCCCUCGACAGGUCGCUAUUCAAGGACAUUGAGGCUCAACUGGGCGAACCUUUUGAUCGUUUCUCCCUGAACAGGUCAUACAGUCAGUCUAGUCUCGCCCACUCUACCCAUUCUUUUUGCAGUUCUACCUUGAGAGAGCCCGACUUCAACGAAUUUCUCAAUCUCAGCGACGACGACAUUGCCGAAUCAAACCCAGACAGCCCGUCCUUGGAGCCCCUGGAAGAAGGUAGCCAAUCAGCAGUGCCUCCAAUGAAUCUGUCGAUGUCACCUCAGCAAGCUCCCUGUGCUCUAUUAACUUUGACACCGCCACGCGCCAGUCGGCCCGCUGCGGCCGCUGCAUUCGAGGCGGCCAGAAUCGCUCGGCGCUACGAUUUUGACUUGGUCUAUGUGGUCAACCUCUGGCCGGACACGUCAAAGCAGACUUCCGGCAAUUGUCUGAACGGCAGUCCCAAGCCAAUGAUUGGGCGUCUUCUCGCGGCGCAUGGUCUUCAUCACGUCCCGUCCCCACUGCAGAUCUCUACACACGUUCACACACAAGUUCUCAAGUCUGAUGGUUGGAUUGAGUACCGAAACCAGCAUGCUCGGCCCCAUGACCUUGCGCGUGGAUUUACCUGUGCCUUCUACACCGGCCAGUACGCACGAAGCACCUCUUCGCGCAGCGCCAGCCCUGUUUCAGGUAUUCGGCUGUCUGAAAGAAUUGACCGGGGCAUCGUGUUUGCCGCUUACCGCAAACCCCGGGCCAGUGAAGACAAGCUCGGCCGAAACUUCAAUGAAGACGAACUCGGAGAGCUGCAUCGAGAUGCUGAGGUACUCGUGGAAAUGGUGAUUGACAUUCAUGUUGCCAACAGAAGUCGCCAACCACCAACACGAACUUCACACACAGAUGAAACUGGACCCAUUCCUCUACAGCAAGUUGACUUCGCCUAG